ACUCUUGGUGAUAGCUCCUUUUCAAGAGCCACAGCACUUUGGCUGCAUAUGAUGUAUGUUGGUAAGCCUAUCCCUAGCACUCAUGGUGAUAGUGUAUGGGCUGGCUUGCACAGAGCAUCUCAAAAAGGGUUUAUUGCCUCUUGAAGACACAACAUUCAAGUAUCUGAGCAACUGAGAAGAGCAGAGAGGAAAGAGGAGAACACUGUCAAAGAAAUAACAUUAGCAGCAAACCAACUGAAAAGCUGGCAGAACUAUUGUUCAUAUCAACAUGAAAUUCUUCAGGAAAUCUAAAAAUGAGGAGCCAAGCGCUGCAGGGCAGUUGAAAAUCAAAAAGAAAUCCUCGGUCCCUGGGGUCAUGAUUACACAGUUUGUGGAGGAGCUUCCUGCAGGCAUGACCACCCCUGAUUUCAUCCGUAAACCCAUUGCUUUGACUAUUCAGGAAGGUAAAUUAGCUUUUUUUAAAGCAAUUGUGUCGGGUAACCCGAAACCAACGGUGCAUUGGACAAGAAAUAAUGGAGAAAUAACUGACCCAGAAAAAUAUAUCAUAUCAUCUGAUCCAACCAGUAAUAAUGAAUACUAUAUAGAGAUGCCAGAAGUGUCCCCAGACCAAGCGGAUACCUACAAAUGCAUAGCUGCUAAUGAGUAUGGAAAAGCUGUUGUCACCGCUACCCUCAAUGUAAUUGAAAUGGGAUACAAGAAGAGCAAGGCUAUGCAGGAUGCACGUGCUGCUGCUGCGAAGACGGAAGAUUUCAAAAAUCUCCUAACAAAAGUGUUGGUGGAGCCCAACAAAGCUGAAAAAAAAGAUGGAGAAAUAGAUCCAAGGUUUUGGGAUGUGUUGAUGAGUGCCAAUAAGAAAGACUAUGAGAACAUCUGUACUGAGUUUGGAGUCACAAAUUUCCGCUGGAUGCUGAAGACACUGAAUGCAAAGAAGGUUGAGAGGGAGGAAGAGCAAGCAAAGUUUAUAGAACAACUCAGCAAUCUAAAACACAUUGAAGUCAAACCUGGUGGAGGUGCAGAGUUUGAAAUUGAGAUGUCGCUUAAAGACCCCAACCUGAAGGUCUUCCUGUUCAAGGAUGGAGAAAUGAUUCCUUUUAGUCUGGACUCAGAAGAAAAGCAUUUCUUGAAGAAAACAGGCAGAAGAUAUACUUUUGGCAUUAAGGAUCUUGGUGGAGAUGAUGGAGGAUUGUACCAAGUGAUAGUGGGGGGAGUACCUAUUUUCUCAACUGACUUUAAAGUUCCCAUGGUGGAUUUCCUAGUCAAGAUUCAAGAGGUGAAAGCCACAGAACGACAAGAUGCUGUAUUUGAAUGUGUCCUUUCAUCCCCCAUGUCAAAGAUACACUGGGUAGGGAAGAACCAACCAUGUGAGCAAGGAGAGAAAUUUGACAUUGAGGUGUCAGAGGACAUGCUCAUCCAUAGGUUGGUGAUAAAGGACUGCGAGAAACUGGAUGGAGGUAUUUAUUCAGCAUCAGUAGGGAUCAAGUCCUGCAAUGCCUUUCUUGUUGUGGAAGUUGAUAAUAACCCUGCCAGCAAGGGGAAAAAGAAGGUCCGUAAUACAACUCGAGCAGGUGUAAGCGACGUAGACUUGGUUAAAAUAGCAAGUGAGCAGCAGGCUAAGCUGGAAAAAGAGAGAGAUGAGAAAAUGGAGUUGGCGAAACAGCUUAAAGCAGAAAUGGACGCUUUGGCUGCUGAAGAGUCUCAAUCAGAGCCUGAGGAUAUUCAUGAGAAUGAGAUGACAGGAAAUUAUGCAAUGGGAGAAAAUGAUGCCAAGGAGAAGGAAGACAAAAAACUGAAGAAACCAAAGGAAGACAAGAAGCAGAAAAAGUAUGAGAAAAAAGAAAAUAAUGAAAAUGAAACGAUUGAAGCAAGUGAAGAGAAAGAAGACCAUAUGCCUAAACCUAAUUCUAAGCCUUCAGAACAGGAAAAGGAGGAGCUUCAAGAUGAAGAGAUACCAGUUGAAGAGAAGAAAAAAAGAGUGAGAACAGGUCCGCUGCUCCAAGACACCAUCAUAGACCCAGGAGUUCACUUUACUUGUGGAUUAUCAGACAUCAGAGUUAUUAUGGGCGAAUCAGCUGAAAUGGAAUGUAAACUGAGCAGUGAAACCUGUGAAGGAAUCUGGUACAAAGAUGGAGAAGAGAUAAAAGCAUCAGAUCAUAUUGAAACAAUACAUGAUAGGGCCUUUCAUAGGCUUAUACUGAAGAACUGCACAGAGGACGAUUCCGGUGUAUACCGUUUUGAGGCAGAUGGGCGUAAAACGGAGGCCAUGUGUAUUAUAGAGGACCCACCGAGAAUAAAUCCUGAUAACCUGGCUGACUUCUCGAAGCCUGUCAUAAUAAAGGUUGGCCAAAGUGCUACUUUCAAGCUGUCUUUUAUGGGUCAUGAACCAAUGAAGAUCACUUGGUACAAUGAAGAUGAGGAGUUGGAGUCUGACAAGCAUAUCCACAUUGAAAAGUCAUUGUCAGACAGUCGUCUCCUCCUCAGCAAGUGCCAGAGGAAAGCGUCAGGAGAAAUCAAGAUCAAAAUAAAAAAUGAAUGCGGAACCAUUGAGGCAAUAUCCAGGUUGAUUGUGCUGGACAGGCCAAGUCCUCCCCUUGGACCUGUUGAGAUCAUAGAAGCAUCUUCGUCUGCACUUGAAUUCAAAUGGAGGCCUCCCAAAGACGAAGGUGGUUGUCCAGUUAUCAACUACAUCCUGGAGCGCCAACAGUUAGGCCGUAACUCGUGGAUGAAGCUAGGUCAGAUCCCUGGAGAGGCCAAGUACAGGGACACCAACAUAGACCAUGGAAGGAAGUAUUGCUACCACAUUAGGGCUGUAACUGAGCAGGGAAUCAGUGAGGUCAUGGAGACGGAUGACAUUCAGGCCGGUACAAGAGCAUAUCCCGGGCCUCCUUCCUCGCCCAAAGUGAUCAGUGCUUUUGCGAACUGCAUCAAUCUAGAAUGGAUUCCACCCUCCAACCCUGGAGGAACUAAUAUUGUCGGAUACCACCUGGAAAAACGCAAGAAGGGAAGCAAUCUCUGGGGAUCUAUCAACCACAUGAAUGAACCUAUCAAAGGUCAAGCAUUCGCUGUCAAAGAUGUGAUUGAAGGAAUGGAGUAUGAGUUUCGUGUGGCAGCAAUAAACACAUCUGGCGCUGGAGAACCAAGUACCCCAUCAGAAUUUAUUAUUGCAAGAGAUCCUAAGAAGCCCCCCGGUCAAGUAAUUGAUUUGAAGGUGACUGACUCCACCUACACUACAUUGUCCCUGGGUUGGACUAAACCAAGGGAGGAAGAAGGAAUUCAAGAUGAAGCCAAGGGCUACUUCGUGGAGCUCAGACCAGCUACAAACCCAGAGUGGGGACGCUGUAACAACAAUCCCAUCACCAUGACCUCCUAUAACAUUCUGGGUCUUAAGUCAAUGGCCAUGUACUGGGUGAGAGUGAUCGCCACCAAUUCUGGGGGAGAUGGGGAGGCAAAAGAUUUAGACAACUACAUCUUGGCUAUGCCGCCUCCUGUGAGACCAAAAUUCACUGAUCGCAAAAUGAAAAGCUUCAUGGUCGUGAGAGCCGGGAAUUCUGCUAGAAUCAACAUAAACUUUGUGGCUUCUCCUAUGCCAACCAUAACAUGGCUAAAGGAUGGGAUGCCUGUGUCAAAACGUGUAACCAUAAGCAACUCAGAUAUUACAUCCCAGCUUCUGAUCCCCACCUCUGAGCGUCAAGACACAGGAAUUUACUCUGUCAUAAUCAAGAACAUGGUUGGUCAAGAGACCUUCAGUGUAGAGAUCAGAGUCACAGAUGAUCCCAAACCUGCCGGCCCAGUGGUGGUGGAUCAGAAUGUUCCUGGAACAGUGACUGUGACUUGGACUCCUUCCCCAGAUGAGAAGAGGGACGACAGGCUAUACUACAUUGUAUCCAUGCGUGACUCUGUUAAGCGUAUGUGGCAAACUGUGGCUGACCGCCUCUUCAAUAACAAGUUCACAGUCCUCAACAUCAUGGCGGGACGAGAGUACUACUUCCGUGUCUAUGCCAAAAAUGACAUGGGGCUAUCUGAGCCUUCUGAGUCACCAGUCUGGGGCAUUACCAAAAAAAAGGAUAAAUUGUCAAUGAGUUUCACCCCAUCCAAGGACUGCAGCUUUGAGACAGUGCCAUCAUUCUUGGUUCCACUGAAAACACACAGCAGCCCUGAGAGCUACGAGUGCUACAUGAGUUGUGCUGUAAGGGGAACUCCUACACCCCAUGUCUCGUGGUACCGUAACAACGUCAGCCUCAACACCAAUACCAACUACCUUAUUACCAACACUUGUGGCGUCUGCUCCAUGGUCAUACUAAGGGUUGGAGCCAAGGACAGUGGGGAGUACAAAGUCAUCGCAGACAAUUCCUUGGGGAGGGCAGAGUGCUCUACAAAUCUCACAGUCCAAGAAUAAAGUGGUUCAACAGUCAUCUUUACAGCUUCCAGUUCUGCUUAUUAAAUAUUACAUUGAGAGUAACCAUAAACAAUGAACAAAGCUGAAAUGGUUGCUGAAUGAUUAUAUUCUCAGAGAUUGGCUGUGCUUUUUAAUUUUAAAGGUUUGAAAAAGAGAAACAUGCAAUAUUAUUAGAAGUUUAAGAUGGUUUGAGUGUUAUUGAAAAUAUCCUACACUAUGUUUAGCAUACUGUAAAUAAACCCACAUUGUGUUGCACAAACUUUAGUUUGACAUAAACUGACGUAAGAGAGACAGUAGAGACAAAAUCAUUGACUUGGAGAACCCCAUCAUUUCAAUGUGUAAUCAAUAUGUUACAAUUCACAAACACUGUGUCCACUGGCUAUGCUCUCUGCCCACAUCCUCCUCACAGUUCCAAAGUAAUGCACACCCUGCUUUUGUUUUGCCAACUGUCACACGGCUCCACAUUUUUCUUUUACUGCCAGCAUGCUGUCAUGUUCUUUAAGAGGAUAUAUUGAAAGUUAAUUACGGAUGGUAAUAAAUGAGAAAAAUUCAUAGGCAUUACUUAGUUUGACCUUAAGUACAUUUUCUGCUUUACUGGUUUCAAGUUUCACGAAACUGAUAUGUUGUACAUGACAGUUCUCUAAUGCUUGUUGACUUUGUUGGCCAAUAAAAUGUUAAGGCAUUCCAUACUAUGCUCAUACAUUGACAUUUACAAGCACAUGAAAUGGUGUACAAGACAAUUUUAAAUUUUCACUGCAAGUCAAAGUUGUGAUAAUAGAUGCAGUUUAUCUUAAUUUCUGUCUUUGUGCGCAUUUCAGUGUACUUUUCAAUCAAUGUUUAGUUAUUGAAUUUAAUGUCUAUUGGCCAUAUUGACAUUUCUAGCCUGCAUUUAUGAAAGUAAUCCUCACUUUCCUUUUUCAGUUGCAUUACAGUUUUUGGAUGGAAAACACUAUGGAGAGUGAGGUGAUGCAGCAUGGUUUUGUAGUAUUAUUCACGGUCAUGGACCCUUUGUGGCCCCUGCAGUAAAUACCUUCCAGAUCAUCAAGCUUCUCAGAUUAGCCUCCCAUGUCAAGCUCAAACUUGUAUUAUUUUGCCUGAAAUAUUCACAACAUACAAUCAAUCGUGCUUGGAUUAAGCAGAAUUGUCAAGGCUAAGAAUUUAUAAUUGGCUUUAUGUGGUUUUAAGUUUGUGCAUUCUAUUAAAAAAUGUUUUAAUCAAA